AUGGGCAAUGGUCAUCGUAAAAAACCUUUUAGUGGAAAACAAAAGAAAAAGCAGCUACUCGAAAAACGAGCGAAAAAUGCUUCUAAGACUCAAGAGGAUAAUGAAGAAUUCGAAGCUAUAGAUAAAAAUAUCGAAGAAAGAAAACGCGUUAAAAAUGAUAGUCCAUCAAAAAGAGAACAAUUAUAUUAUGAUAAGCGAAUCGCUGCUUCUUCCAUAAGAAAGCUGAAUAACCCAAUUUUCGAAAAAUUAUCAUCACAAGAGAUCAAUGCUCAACGUAAAGCGAGUAUGAACACUUUCACUCGCUUACCUUCAACUGUAUUAGAGGUUUCCGUUAAUGAUAUUUACAAAUCCAUCAUUGAUUUUCCAAAACGGCCGUCUUGGAAUUAUGAAAUGACAAAGGAAGAAUUGGAAGCUAAUGAAGAACAUAAUUUUCAACAAUGGUUAGAUGAUGUCUAUGAUAAAUAUCCAAAAGGGGAAUUAAGUUUUUUUGAGCAUAAUCUUGAUGUCUGGCGUCAAUUAUGGCGUGUCCUUGAAAUUUCAGAAAUAAUAUUGAUUGUGGUUGAUAUUAGACAUCCUCUGUUACAUUUUCCGCCUUCAUUAUAUAAUUAUGUUGUUAAAGACAUGAAACGAAAGAUGCUUCUUGUAUUUAAUAAGGUGGAUUUGGUAGCGGAAAAUACAGUGCAUGCAUGGACUAGAUAUUUUGAAGAACAAUUUCCUGAACUUGGCGUUGUUGAAUUUAGUUGUUAUCCUAGAGAUAAUAAAUUUGUCGAUGACACUUCCACAGCAUUUUUAAAGAAAAGAACGAAACGUCCAAAAAAAAGACGUUACCUUGCUUCAGGAAUCAAAGAAUUGUUAAUUGCAUGUGAAAAUAUGAAAUUGGUCAAAGAAGGCGUAGAUGUAAAUUGGAUGGAAUUGGUAGAACAGUAUGGUCGAAUUACAACAGGAUUUGACAAUAUAAGUGAUAUCACGGAAGAGGAUGAAAUGGACGUUAAUGACGAAAGUCAAGAAGAGACAAAUGAUAUUGAAUCACUGGAUGUAGAAGAGGAAGAGAAUAUUAAGAGAAUUGAAGAUCGGUUAAGAACUUUAGAUAUUCAAAAUACAAAAGUAUAUUCUCAUGAGUUAAUUACAAUAGGACUUGUGGGACAUCCUAAUGUUGGGAAGAGUAGCCUAAUUAAUAGUAUACUUGGUAGAACAGUUGUUAGCGUUUCUAAAACUCCAGGACACACGAAGCAUUUUCAAACAAUUCAUUUAUCAAAGAUUGUUCGUAUUUGCGAUUCUCCAGGAUUAGUUUUUCCAAGUCUUUUACCCAAACAAAUACAGAUAUUAUCAGGAAUGUAUCCGGUUUCCCAAGUGCGAGAACCCUAUAAAUCAAUACUUAAACUUGAUCCUCCACAAAAUAAUGAAUGGUCAGCUUGGUUUAUAUGCGAAGCAUUCGCGAUCAAACGAGGAUAUUAUACAAAAGCAUCACGACCAGACGUUUAUCGAGCCGCAAAUGAUAUACUUCGUUUAAAUAAUGAAGGACGUAUUUUACUUUCUUUUAAACCACCUGGAUUUUUUACAAGUUUAAAUUAUAUGAUUUCAAAAAGUGAUGAUGUCGAUUUACAAGUGAAAAAUGAAUAUGGAAAUAAUACGAAGGGAAAAGGUGUAAAAUUUAAUAGUUCUGAUGAUGAAGAGGAACCUAAAGGACAAUCUAAACAACAAUUAGGCGGUUAUUUUGGAUUUUUGGAAGAUUAUAGUGAUGACGGUGAAAGAUAG